CAUCGUCAACAUCGCCAACAGACCAAGGCCGAUCCCAACGCACUUCCGUCUGCAUCUCGCCGCCGCUGCCCUGCACUCUGCAUCCGCCAUGUUUGCUCGCACUACCGCCCUCAAGCAACGGGCUGCCCCUGCUCUGCGCCAGAUCUCGUCUCGGAAUGCCUCGACCCUCGUCUUCAUCGAGCACAAGGACUCUGCGGUGCUUCCUGCCUCGCUGAAUGCCGUCUCGGCUGCCACCAAGCUCGGCGGCCCCGUCACGGCCCUCGUCGCCGGCUCUACAUCGAAGGAGGUCGCUGCCAAGGUCGCGUCGAUUGCUGGUGUUUCCAAGGUCCUCGUUGCUCAGGAUGUCGCCUUCGACCACAACCUGGCCGAGCAUCUGGCCCCUCUUCUGAUCGAGUCCAUCAAGAAGGAGUCGGCCACCCAUGUCGUUGUUGCCCACUCGGCGCUCGGCAAGAACGUUCUUCCCCGCACCGCCGCUCUCCUCGAUGUUGCCCAGAUUUCCGACGUCACCAGCAUCCAGAGCGAAGAUACCUUUGUACGCCCCAUCUAUGCUGGCAAUGCCAUCGCCACUGUCAAGUCCCACGACAAAGUCAAGCUCCUCUCGAUCCGCACCACGGCAUUCGCUGCUGCUGAGACCUCUGGUGGAUCCGCCACUACCGAGGACGCCCCUGCUGUCGCCAACAAACCAUCCAACGCGAGCCUCUGGAUCAAGGAAGAGAUCGCCAAGAGCGAUCGUCCUGAUCUCGGAACCGCCAAGAUUGUCAUCAGUGGCGGUCGCGGCAUGAAAAGUGGCGAGAACUUCAAGAUGCUCUACGAUCUCGCGGACAAGCUUGGCGGUGCUGUUGGCGCCUCCCGUGCUGCUGUCGACUCUGGAUUCGUGCCCAACGAUCUGCAGAUCGGCCAGACUGGCAAGAUCGUCGCUCCCCAGCUCUAUGUGGCUGUCGGCAUCUCGGGUGCCAUCCAGCAUCUGGCUGGUAUGAAGGACUCCAAGACCAUCGUCGCCAUCAACAAGGACCCGGAGGCCCCCAUCUUCCAAGUGGCUGACUACGGCCUGGUUGCCGACUUGAACACUGCCGUUCCUGCCCUGACCAAGCUGGUCUAACGUCCUCGCGCUUGGCCGAGAAUCCCGGGCCAAUAAAAGCUCCUCUCUCCUCACGUUUACGUUGAAUAGCCCCUUCCGCUACACUGGCCGUUCUACUUGCCUCUGAACCUUCAGAGCAGACACGAU